AUGAGGAGUACGUAUGGCAGGCCAGAAACCAAGUUGAUAGCAACAUCAGGAGAGAUUCCAAAAUCUUCACAACAUAGAGAUUCCUCAUCUUCUGGGAGAACUAGCAUUAUAUCAAACCUAAAGCCAUUGACCAGCAGGGAGAACCGUGAGACACAGACAACCAAUGAUGCAUCAUCUCUGCAUUUUGAUUUCAGGCCAUCCACAAAUUGCCCACCAGCUGCCCCCAACUCAAACUCCAAGCAGAAAUUAAAUGUGGCCAUCAAUGUGGAUGAGUGUCCCAGGCACCAUCGGAUAUUUACUAGUGGCUCAAAUUUCCAAGACUUCAAUUCCAAAACAUGGUAUCCAAGGCAUGCUGGCAGCUUACCUGAUCUUCCAAACCAUUCUCGGAAUUUACGAGCUUCAGCAAAAAGUGUCUUAUCUUAUCCUGGUUCUCUAAAACAAAGGUGCAAGCUGAUGAAUGACAACCAGCAACAGUUCACAUUUGCAUGUCAGCAGAAGCGACAGCGUUAUGUGAUGAAAGAUGGGAAAUGCCAAGUCAAUCUUGGAUACAUUGAAGAGAAGCACAAGUUCUUGUUUGACAUUUUCACUACUGUAGUAGAUUUGAAGUACCGCUGGUUUCUCUUUGUCUUCAUGAUGUGUUAUCUUUUGACUUGGGCAACUUUUGGAUUUUUGUAUUUCCUGGAUGCAUACAUUAGAGGUGAUAUUAACCACGCAGGUGAAACCGAUUGGAAACCCUGCUUUGAUAAUGUGGAUGGCUUCAUUUCUGCCUUACUGUUAUCUAUUGAAAGUCAAAGGACAAUUGGCUAUGGGUCUCGUAUGGUGACGUCUAAUUGUGCAGAAGGUGUCAUUUUACUUAUAGCUCAAUGCAUCGUUGGUUCAAUGAUUGAUGCCAUGAUGGUGGGCUGUGUGUUUGUGAAGAUUUCUCGUCCCAAGAAGCGGGCUGAGACCCUGAAGUUUAGUAAAUAUGCAGUAAUAUCACACAGGGAUGAUGAACUUUGCUUGAUGUUUAGAAUUGGCGACCUGAGGGAAAGCCAUAUGGUUGAUGCAAAACUAAGGGCCAAGCUCAUUAAAUCUAGACAAACAAAGGAGGGUGAAUUCAUACCUCUAAAUCAAACAGAAAUCAACCUUGGCUACGACACAGGGAAAGACCGCCUUUUCCUGGUAGAACCCCAGACCAUUAGCCACGUCAUCAAUGAGAACAGUCCUUUCUGGAAAAUGUGUGCUGAGUCAAUGAAGAGGGAACAGUUUGAAAUGAUCGUAAUCCUGGAAGGCAUAGUGGAAUCCACAGGAAUGACCUGCCAAGCAAGGACUUCCUAUAAAGAAGAUGAGAUUCUCUGGGGCCACCGGUUUGAGUCUUGCAUCCUCUUAGAGAAAGGUGCAUUCCGAGUUGAUUACACCAAGUUUGACAAGACAUUUGAGGUACAAAUGCCACCGGGCAGUGCAAAGGACAUGCACGAGGCAAAAGAAAUAGAGAAAAACUACCUGUCCUCAUUCCAUUUGCACUGGGAGAAUCUGAAUCAUUCCUGUGCCAAAGAACAGGGCCAUAGUUUGACUGAGAAUUCCAAUAUUAUGGAAGAGAAUAAUAUGGAAGAUGUUGAGAAUAACUAA